GACACACAGAGUUUUGUUAUUUAAGAAAAGAAAAUGGAUGUAGAAAGGAAGAAUUCCUCCCUCACUCAUUUCACACGUUUAUUCAUUCAUUCUUAAUUAAAAUACUGAAGUUGAAGUUCCUACCCUAAAUAACCUAAUAAUGGCUUCAUCAUCUUCAACAAUAUCCUGCAACCUCAAAUUACCCUAUAAAAAUAAUCAUAUUAACACUUUUCUCUUCCUCGUAUUCUUCAUAUGAAGCAGGAGGACAACCUCGACAACCAAAUUAAUCGAAGAGAACUCAUAUUGAGGAGCAGUGAAUUAGCAACCCUUGGUGCCAUAUUCAAUUUCAGUGGAAAGAAGCCUGAAUAUCUUGGAGUUAAGAAAAAUUCACCAGCAUUGGCUCUGUGUCCAACAACUAACAAUUGUGUGUCAACCUCUCAGAAUGUCAGUGAUCUCAUCCAUUAUGCUCCUCCUUGGAACUAUAACCCUGAAGGUAUGAAAAGUCCUGUGAACAGAAAAGAGGCAUUGGAGGAAAUAAUAGAAGUGGUAAUAAAUCUAAUUCUAAGCACAAACAAUGUGUGUCUUGGGAGAUAUUUCCAAAAUAUUGGAUAAUAUAUGUAUGUAUAAUUAAUGGUAAUUGACAUGAUUUAGUUGUUAGUUGUGUUCUAGAAGCAAAUCUAGUAUGUCUUCGAACCAAGGAUUGUAUGUUCUAGAAGCAAAUCUAGUAUGUCUUCGCGAAACAGAGGCACUGUUUUGCCACCAGACCAGUGCAAUACUUCAGUAAAUAAUUAUAUGUUAUAUGUAUAUAUCCCUUCGCGAAACAGUGGUAGAACCAAGGAUUGUAAUUCUUUCUCAAGUGACAUUAUUUUUCUUAUAAAUAGGGUCACUUUGGACAAUGGAGACACGAAUUCAAGUGAUUGCCAUCCA